UCACUGUCAUUUCCGGACGCGGCGAAACAGAAGGAAAAAAAAUAUUGCACAGCCAAUGGAAUGGAUUAAUAAAUGACAGUAGCUAGCUAGCAACUCGAAAGUAAUAAUUUCAACCACAAAACAUAUGUGAUUAUCAAAACGGGUAUCCUGGACGCUUGGUUUUUUAAGUAUCGCUAUAUAUUUGCAUCAGUCCAUAAAUGACGGUCCUAUCUGAGGAGACGGUGUUUCCAGGUCUGAAUAGCUAAACUAGUUAGCUGGCUACCCAAUGCUAGCUAGUUAGCGGAUACAUUUCUGCUAACUAACAUUAGAUUGCCAGCCUUGAUUUGGUAUCUGUGGUUAAUCCGAAAUUUGUAUUUGUGUCUCAUCAUUUUUAGCAGUGCCGCUGUGUUUACUUAUUUCGUUGCAGUUUUAACGUGUUUUAAAGGCACGACUUAACGUUAACGCUUUGACUCCUUCGCUUGUAGGCUAGCUAGGUAGCUAGUAGAAGGUCAACAUUGUUGAACCCUGCUAGCUACAGCUGACUACAGUGGGUGGGAUAGACACUUAUCAGCAAACCGUCAGCUGCAGUUAUGUGUAAUGAGAUAUAAACAGAGUGGGUGUUUUCUGCUAUCCAGAUCCAGACAGUUGUUCAUUAGUUAGUCAUUAGCUAGCUAACUGGCAAAGUAGCUAUAACAUUACCUGCUGGCUAAAGUUACUCAAUUCUCUCCAACCAUGAUCAAGUUGAUGCGCACGAAAAUACCUCAAUAACAACAGCCAAUACUUGGAAAUAUGGAUUUCACGUGGACUUCAGCCAUACUUCAAAAUCCUCCGAUUCUACUUUCAAAAUUACAUUUUCAAACUACUGUCUUAGCUACAUUUUGAUUUUUGCUGACAGGACAACUUUCCCUGUUUUGUUUUGGAGAGUAUUGUUUUGACUUGGGAUCUCUGGUAGAUUUUUGCAUGGUAGUUAGUUUCUUUCUCAAUAACAGAGUGGACAAUGAAUGGCCUAUCUGUCAGUGAGCUAUGCUGCCUGUUCUGCUGCCCCCCCUUUCCGAGCCGUAUUGCUGCCAAGCUUGCCUUCCUGCCUCCUGAGCCUACAUAUUCCCUCCUCCCAGACCUAGAGGGGUCUGUAGCCCCGGGGACAGCAGGGACCGCAGGGCUGAGAUCCAGAGCUAGUGGGGUACCUGGAGCUGCUGUAGGGGGCUCAGUCAGCACUGGUCCUGCAGAAGGAAAAUGGAAGCUCCACCUUACAGAGCGAGCCGAGUUCCAGUAUUCCCAGAGAGAACUGGAUGCUACAGAUGUGUUCCUUACCCGCUCCAGUCGUGGAAACAGAGUGGGAUGCAUGUACAUCCGCUGUGCCCCCACUGCCAGAUUCACAGUGCUGUUCUCUCACGGCAAUGCGGUGGACCUUGGCCAGAUGAGCAGCUUCUAUAUCGGCCUGGGAACGCGUAUCAACUGCAAUAUCUUCUCCUACGACUACUCCGGCUACGGUGUCAGCACGGGCAAGCCUUCAGAGAAGAACCUCUACGCUGACAUUGAUGCCGCCUGGCAGGCCCUGCGCACACGAUAUGGCAUCAGCCCAGAGAACAUAAUCCUGUACGGGCAGAGCAUUGGCACUGUGCCCACGGUCGACCUGGCAUCUCGGUAUGAGUGUGCUGCCGUGGUGCUCCACUCCCCCCUCACCUCUGGCAUGCGGGUGGCCUUCCCAGACACCAAGAAGACCUACUGCUUUGAUGCUUUCCCCAACAUUGAGAAGGUGUCUAAGAUCACGUCGCCGGUGCUGAUCAUCCACGGGACGGAGGACGAGGUGAUCGACUUCUCCCACGGCCUGGCUCUGUUCGAGCGCUGUCCCAAGGCCGUGGAACCACUCUGGGUGGAGGGGGCGGGACACAAUGACAUCGAACUGUACAGCCAGUACCUGGAGCGCCUGCGCCGCUUCAUUGGCCAGGAGCUGGCCACAACGCACGCCUGAUACCACCUGAGUCAGUGAAAAUGGAUGGCUCUGUCUGGGAAGAGGGGUGAAGCCUGGCCUCUCAGAAUGAAUAAUCCUUCACCUUUUGGUCAACUUUGUCUGGAUGCUCGCAGCCCUGUCUUUUUGUUGUUUUCCAUCUUUUCUGUCAUUAAUACUGGUCAGUGAUUCUCUAGUCCACCUCCCGCCCCGGGGACAGUGCAAGAAUGCAACCCAGAGACAUGGAGGGCUCUCUACUGGUCUGUCUAAAGCCCCUCUCUCUUACCCCAGCCUAACACGACCUCAGAUAGGUCAGGUGUUCCAAACAUGUACUGUUUAACCUCUUCUGAGACAUUUACACAUGAUUCAACUUUAACUAACAACCCUAACAUGGACAAAUAAUUGUGUGAUGAAUAUUUGUCAUUUUAUCUUUUAUAACACAUGACACUGGGCCACUACUUUACAAAUCAUGUGGUAUUGACAGAUUAGUAUAACUGUCCUGUUUGAAAGCAGGUUUGUUGCUCAUGUUUUGUGUGGAAUCUUGUUAGCUCUCUCUCUCUCUCGUUUACAAUUAAGAUGUCAGAUUAAUAGUCUAUGAAUCAUUUGUUUCAUAAACAUAUAAAUAAGA